AUGCUCUCCUUCUUCGCGUUGUGCUGCCUCGCACACUGCGACGCUCUGCGAGCCGGAAUGAUGCUUUGCGACGUGCCUACGCCAGCGCUCCUGCUUGACUGCACGACAGCGCGGCAGCGUGGUUUGACUGCGGCAGCGCUCAAUGCGUGCCUGGGCAGCGGUGACAGUGGCGGCCUCUCCGACCUCGUGUACGUGCACUGCAGCGUGCUUAUAGGACGCAAGCCCCGCGACGGCGCGAUUGGCUCCACGACAGUGGCAGGCGCCGACUGUCCAUCUGCGGCGCCCGACGCCUCGGUCGUGCUGGCCAACCUCGACGCCACGCUCGAGCAGUGUGGCGGCGCGGGCGCUUUCCUUGGGCUCGGCGUGAACAAUCACUAUACCGGAGGCUACUACUGGGGCCGCUCCUCAGGGCCCGGCGCGGCGAUGCCUGCGCCUGGGGUUCGGGUGGCCGUAGGGGCGGCGGGCAGCGUGGCGCUCCUGCGCGUGGCAAACUCGAACGACGGGAAGCGGUCGGAGUGGUGCGAGUUCCUCGCGCCGGGGGACCAGUGCCAGCUCGUCCCCGGCAACGAGGACGAAGCCGCGCUCCGCAGCCUCGGUGUAUGCUGCUUAGGCGCAGAGCCCGUGGUGGAGGCGGCUUGGACGCGCCGAGCGGGUCGCCAAGGUAGUGCAGGCGAGUGGGAGCGGGCGCCCUGGUCCGCGCCGUUUGACGACGCUGAGGGGCGGAGGGAGCCCAAGUCGGCCGCCGACUUUUUUGAGCUGUGGGCCAAGUAA